AUGAGUAGUGUACUCGUAUUGUUAGUACUCUUUGUUAUCAUAUACGCACUUGGUUAUUUUAUUUAUAAAAUUUAUUUCUAUUUUCCACCGAUUGAACAAAAACAAUUAACAAAUAAACGUGUCAUAAUAACUGGAGCAUCACGUGGCAUAGGUGAAGAAUUAGCCUAUGAAUAUGCACGUUAUAAUUGUCGUCUUAUAUUGGCUGCACGUAGUAUUGAUGUAUUAAAAAAUCAAGUUGCUCAAAAAUGUCUUUCAUUAGGUGCAACACAAGUUGAAUGUAUUCAAUUUGAUGCAUCAACAGAACAAGCAUGUAUUGAACUUAUUCAAAAAACAAUUCAAUAUUAUCAAGGUAUUGAUAUUCUUGUACUUAAUCAUACUACAGCAGUUUAUGAACCAUUUUUUAAAAGUGAUAUUAAAACAAAUAUUGAAAAUAUGAAAAAAGUAUUUGAUGUAAAUUUUUUUGGAUAUUUUCAAACGACGAUGGCAGCUCUUCCUUAUUUAGCUCAAAAUGGAACAUAUGAACAACCAUCUCAAAUCAUUGCAGUAUCAUCAUUAACUGGUACUUGUCCAUUUCCUCAAACAACUAUUUAUGGUACAACCAAACAUGCUAUUCAAGGUUUCUUUUUGAAUCUUGCUCGUGAACUUCGUACCUCUAAACCAUAUCAAAAUCGUGUUACAACAACUGUAGCUAUUCUUGGAUUAAUUGCUACCGAAUCUGCACUUCAUGCAACUGACAAAACUCUUCAUUUUUUAGCGGCUGAUGUACGUAAAACUGCUCAAGCAAUUAUAGCUGCUGGUGUUUAUGGACAAACUCGUUUAUUUUAUCCACAUUUUUUAGCAAUCAUUCCACCACUUUACUAUAUAUUCUCUCCUAUAUAUGAGCUCCUAGCUCGCUUGGGCAAUUGA